GGAGACAGAGAAGAAAAAAGAGAUGAUUUUCUUAACAGAUGAUCUAUGAGCAAAUAUACUAACGAGAUUACCGCUAAGAAUCAUCACCACUUACCAUCAAAACUCGCAUUCUUUGUGAUCUCUCAUGUACAUACACUCACAAGGAGAGGUUGUAGGUUACUAUGCAUGCAAGAUUUGGGGACUUCCACGAACUCUUGGCUUUUAUAUAUCUUCUCUCAUAAGAGAAAAAUUCGAAUACGAGUUCCAUCACCAACGUCAACGUGUCAAAGUCGAAGCUUACACCGAUGUCGGAUUGAUUUUGAUCCGUACGUGUUUGAGAGAAAUCCAUAUCCCUGGGAGUUCAACUUACUUUGUGGCUAAUCCGAUUUCACGACAGUGUCUCGAAAUCCCUCCUCCUCCAACCAAUCGUAUUUUCAAACCAGCUGGACUCGCCACACGAAUCCAAAACGACGUCUUUUUAGCCUCCGACUACGAUUCUCCUUUGCCUCUCCGGCUUGCCCUUCCGGCGCCGGAGAGGGCUUUCUUUUCGUUUGUAGUUGUUCUGGUUUCUCCUUUCUCCCGUCGGCGCUCCGUUCUUCUUCGGUUGAGCUGUCCUUCUCGCAGAUCUGGUCUCGCGGUGGUGGAUCUGGAGCAAGUGGUGGCGCGUGGUGCGAAGAGAAGCUUUGGUGGCUGUUGGGAUUGCCUCGUCUUCGGUUGCUUGAGGACGGUGCCGUUUUCUAAGGUGGUUUCCGGCAGGUUUGGGUUGGUUGAUUUUCGGGUGUCGCCUCUCCAGGGGUUGGUUGUGGCUUUGACUUUCUCUCCUCCAGAGGCUGCGGAUGCUUCGCCGGUUGGUAAGUCUUGGAUUCGCUUGUCGGGGUUAGGUUGGGAUUGAGCUUAAUUUCAGGACUUUUCGUUGCAUUCAAUUAUGUUGAAUGUGUAAAAGUAGUGGCUUUCCUUGGUCACAUUUAUCAAACGUGUUUCCGCCUUUUUAAUUUCUUCUUUUUCUUUUUCCAUGUAUUAGUGGAUAUAUUCUAGCUAACUUUUCGAUGUUACGUUGUAUGAAAAUAAUUGGCUGCCUUCGGUCACAUGAUCACAUAUAGUUUAUGUGAUUAAAUUCAUUUAAACUAU